CCGGAACUUCAAUCCAGGCUUCCGAGAAAAUGCAAGGAGGUCCUGACACCUCCACCACACUCAACACGAAGCCCUUGUUGAUGACACAAUCACCAUCUAUGGUAUUAGAGCACUCUGGCUGCUACAAGUAGUGUUUAAACUUGCCAUGGCCACAGCAUCCCAGUCUCAUCCCAACUCGGUCCUUCUGGAUUCUACUGUCAACGACGCAGCCGACGACUGCGUUUUGUGUCGUUUCUUGCCAUUUCUAAAAUCCAUUUUCCCGGGCCACAGGGAUGUCAUUCUAGAUCCACGUUCGGAAGUUUCCAGUAUAGCUGCUGGGAGAUCCCUUGACAGCAACCUCAACAGUGUCAGUAGCAACAGCAACAGUAACAGUAACAGCAACAUCAACAGUAACCACUACGGCGCCGUUGUCGUCCAAGAAGAGAGCUCCAACAUGGAUUUUGCCUCUGCCGAUUAUCGUGGCUUUAUCUUUGCCGUUCACCCUCAAUACGGAUACUUGUUGCUACACUGUACUCGCAAGAAGAAAAAGCCACCGCAUUUCCAGCUUAUCGGAGGACACGUGGAUCCGUUUGAAUUCGAAGAAGCCGCCAAAAGAUAUCCUACCAACAAACUGGAACAACUACAACUCGCCGGGAAAAUGGGAGCUGCCAGAGAAAUGUACGAAGAAACAGGGUUGGAUGUGAGAAAUGCUCUUCACAGACUUGAACCCACACGCUUAUAUCCUCAUCAACACAAGAAAAAGCUCAUGAAUGAAUUCAAGAGUCGAUUGUUUUAUACGCUCCAUUUGACCGAUCAAGACUUUUUGAGCGGAGAAAAUAUGUCCGUUUCCGAUGCUGCCUUUUUGCAGCGAGCCAUGGGAGCGAAUCCACCUCCAGUGCAGCUGAAGCUAUCCUUGGAACAUCAAGGGUUUGCCUUUGAAAAAGUUUCCGAUGUUGCCAGCACCUUGUUGCAGUACCAUUCUGGUGGCAAGUGCUCGGAGAGUUUGAAGAUGGCCACCGUUUUGCAAGAUCCACUGUGAAAGACUCGACUCUUCGUGUCCUGUAUGUAAUUCUUGCAGUCAUUAGGAUAUUAGCUAGAGUUAUCUGAUCGAAAGCCUUGCUUUCGCAGUCAUUCCAAUCGCUGCAGUACCACUCCCUUUGUAGUCGCCUUUGCCUUGUGAGAGACUGAAUACCGGUAGACUCGGAUGUCAUCCUCACAGUAUCAAGGGCGUGGGGCAAGGAAACGUCUCGUCUCGAGGACAUUAAACUGCUUCUGUCAACUGAUAUUGUUUCUGUCGGUAGUCACCUGAUACUGUUUUCUGUCGGUACAACUAAAGACCAAUCCAUUGCAUGUCAGAUCGUGAGUUCUUCCGGGGAAAAACUCUGAUUGCAUUACCGGUCAGAGAGAAAAAGAGAGAGAACAAAGAAGGUACAACCCAGUAGCCAGAAAGAAUUAGUAAUCGAUUAUUAAUGCACACACAUCAUUGCUGGAAGCAUUACUGCUAUUGAUCCUUUUUCGAGU